AUGUCAUUUCGGCUAUGCUUCUUGAACAGAUCGAGCUUUGCACCCCGACUUUGGUUCAUGACUAACUUGUCCAUCAGCAAUGUUCUGCCAGAUGACGACAAUCAGGAUCAGAUCGGCUCUAAAAGUCCAACACCCUCGGGUAUAGCAACACCACAACCCGAUCCUUCGGACAAGCGUCUGCCAUCUAUAAUGCACAAUUUUAUUCAGGUUGGUGUUCCCUCUAGUGAUCAACUGGACCCUUUCAAGCCACAGACCUUUCCUUCUGAGACUCCUGCCUCCGCCUGCAAUGUACAGUCUAUUACGCCCGCGACAGGGACACGGGAUGACCAAACCUCCGGCCGUUCUUCUUCCUCCUCCCCUUCGGGGUCUUAUGUCAUGAUGGAUCGUGUCGAGGCUUCGGAGAUGAAGUUUUCGCUCGCAUCCCCAGACAAGAGCCUGGUAACACCGGAGUCCUUGCCCCCAACGAACCUGCCCACCCCUCCGUACUGUUCCGCUUCUUCCCUUCUUCAGAAAGAUUUGGAGGAGGCUGAAUUGGGAUCAUCAGUCCCGGACAAGGGCGUGGGAUCGAUAUUUAAUGCAUUGAGGAAUUAUCUUACUCCCGCGGGAAGCACUUCCCCUGAACCUCCAGUCCGCCGUCACACCUCUCAUCCAGUCUCCAGCGUGUCGGACGAUCCAGUUCUUGCCUCUCAUUUCUCCAAUCCUACCCUUCCAUGUAUCUCUGAUGAAUUAUGUUUGUCGGAAGCUCCCCUCUUCGACCAUGAGAAGCCGCAAUUUUCUAUGUCUUCUGAAAACCUGGUGAAGCUAACUGGAAAUGUGCCUGAUCUUUCUCUUCUAAAGAAUACACCCCCUCUCACUCCUCGAGCAAUGUCCAACGAAGGCUCGCAGACCGACAAGAAACCCGUCACGUCGUCGCCACCAACAUCGGAACCGGUGCAGUCCGAUGACAUCUCCAAAUCCACCGACGAGAUCACGGGCAAACUGAACGAGGCUUUCCCCCCUCAAUCCGAUGGCCCUCAACAACCUGCUCCCCCCGUUGCCUCGCUCAAGGGACAACUCUAUGUCAAGAUCUCCCAAGCCAGGGGACUUCGACCGGGAUUCGAUCCUUACGUCGUCUGCGUGUUUGAGUGGAAUGAGUGCAUCUCGAAAAGUGCUCAUGAUGAGGAGGAAGCCUCGUUGGAGCGCCAGAAAAAGGAGCAGGAAAAGUCUGACUUCGAGGCGGGUCGGCCAAUGGCUAUUCCCAUGAAGAGCCGCCAAAGUAGUAACAAUAGUGCUCUCGAAAGUCACGAUCACCGGGGACAGGCACCCGUGACCGAUCCUCACUGGAAUCAUGAGGCUACUUUUGAUGUAUUUGGUGACCAGUCAGAGGUUGACGUAUCGGUGUAUGAUCGCAACAACCAGGAGGCGUUUUUAGGUCAUGUACGAUUAUGCGUGAACCUCAAUGAAGAUAACAGUCGGCUGGAAGGAUGGUUUCCAUUGAAAGCUCGGGGAGCCGGUGACUCGCAAGUCUCGGGUGAAAUCCACAUGGAGAUGCGGUUCGAGAAGACAGGAAAGAAACAGGUUGGCCCAAAUGAUUUCCAAAUCCUGAAGCUUAUCGGCAAAGGAACAUUUGGACAGGUCUACCAGGUCAAAAAGAAGGACACGCACCGAAUCUAUGCUAUGAAGGUCCUGUCAAAGAAGGUGAUCAUUCAGAAGAAGGAGGUGGCGCAUACUCUGGGCGAGCGAAAUAUCUUGGUCCGGACAGCGAUGGCCGCGUCGCCAUUCAUCGUCGGCCUCAAAUUCUCUUUCCAGACCCCCACGGAUCUCUAUCUUGUCACGGAUUAUAUGUCGGGCGGCGAAUUGUUUUGGCACCUCCAGAAGGAGGGCCGAUUCCAGGAAGCUCGCGCCAAGUUCUACAUUGCUGAGUUAAUUCUGGCUCUUCAACAUCUUCACGACCAUGAUAUCGUUUAUCGCGACCUCAAACCGGAAAAUAUUUUACUUGAUGCGAACGGACAUAUCGCUCUCUGCGAUUUCGGGCUGUCGAAGGCCAAUCUUACUCAGAACGACACCACGAAUACUUUUUGUGGGACGACGGAGUAUUUGGCUCCGGAGGUAUUGCUUGAUGAACAAGGAUACACCAAGAUGGUUGAUUUUUGGUCGCUUGGUGUCCUUGUGUUUGAGAUGUGCUGCGGCUGGAGCCCUUUCUACGCCGAGGACACGCAGCAGAUGUACAAGAAUAUCGCUUUUGGCAAAGUCCGGUUCCCGCGAGACGCCCUCAGCACGGAAGGGAGGAAUUUUGUCAAAGGCCUUCUCAACCGGAACCCGAAGCACCGGCUGGGUGCCAAAGACGAUGCCAAGGAGCUUAUGGCACACCCGUUCUUCCAUGACAUCGACUGGGAAGCAUUGGGCCGUAAAGAGGUUAUUCCCCCAUUUAAGCCGAAGCUGAAAUCCGACACGGAUACUUCGAAUUUCGAUCCCGAGUUUACGAAUGCUCUCAACGCCUCAUUGAACGACCAUGCGGCAGCCGUGGCCAAUGGGUUCAUGACCGCAUCGACGCCACUUUCCCCAGGAAUGCAGGCUAAUUUCAAGGGUUUUACGUUCGUGAAUGAGAGCUCCAUUGAUCAUCACAUGAAGAAUGAGGGCGGGGACCACAUGGACGAGGAUCCCUACACGUGGCAACGAUCUCAUCAUCCAACCGGGGACGCUAUGGAUCAUCACCGCAUGAGUGGAGUUCAAAAGACAAACGAAAGCGGGGAGCCUGGCAUUUUCAACGUUGAUGAUAAUUUUGACAUGUGA